AUAAAACCCAUGUCACUCCUUCUUACAUUCCACUGAUUCCUUCCAUUCCGACGAAAAUGGCGCCAAAUUCCCGCCUUUUUCUAGCCGUUUUUGUCACAUUUUCUCUCUUUUUUUCUCCCGCAUUUUCUGCUCAUGAUUACGCAAAUGCCCUGAAGAAAAGCAUCUUGUUCUUCGAGGGCCAGCGCUCCGGGAAGCUCCCGCCCGAUCAACGCCUCCGGUGGCGCCGCGACUCCGCCUUGCACGAUGGUUCCACUGCCGGAGUUGACCUCACUGGUGGCUACUAUGACGCAGGCGACAACGUAAAAUUCGGGUUCCCGAUGGCCUUCACCACCACAAUGCUCGCAUGGAGCGUAAUCGACAUGAAACGAAACUUAGGCUCCGAAUACGGGAACGCUUUAAAAGCAGUAAAAUGGGGAACAGAUUAUUUACUGAAAGCAACGGCGAAGCCAAACACGGUGUAUGUCCAAGUGGGCGACGCAUUUUCCGACCACAACUGCUGGGAGAGACCAGAAGACAUGGACACAUUGAGAAGCGUGUACAAGAUUGAUAGAGACCACCCUGGAUCCGACGUGGCGGGCGAAACGGCCGCUGCAUUGGCUGCCGCGUCGAUUGUUUUCAGGGCACGUGACCCUGGUUACUCGCACCUGCUCCUCGAUCGUGCUGUUAAAGUGUUCGAGUUUGCGGACAGGCACCGAGGAGCAUACAGUUCGAGUCUCCACUCUGCGGUUUGCCCAUUUUACUGUGACAAUAAUGGUUACCAGGACGAGUUGUUGUGGGCAGCGGCGUGGUUGCACAAGGCAUCAAGGAGGCGAGAGUACAGAGAAUAUAUUAUCAGAAACGAGGUUGUUUUAAGAGCGGGUGACACCAUUAAUGAGUUCGGUUGGGAUAACAAACAUGCCGGUAUUAAUGUUCUCAUUUCCAAGGAAGUGCUGAUGGGAAAAUCAAAUGAACUAAAAUCGUUCCAGAUCAAUGCUGAUAGCUUCAUCUGCUCCAUAUUGCCUGGCAUUUCCCAUCCCCAAGUCCAAUAUUCCCCCGGUGGACUUAUCUUUAAGGCUGGAGGAAGUAACAUGCAGCAUGUAACCUCCCUAUCAUUCUUACUUCUGGUGUAUUCUAAUUAUCUUAGCCACGCCAAUCAUGCUGUGCCAUGUGGCCAGAAAUCCGCCGCCCCUGCUCUUCUCAAACGCCUCGCCAAACAUCAGGUCGACUAUAUUCUAGGAGAUAAUCCAAUGAGAAUGUCAUAUAUGGUUGGAUAUGGUGCACGUUACCCACAGAGGAUCCACCACCGAGGAAGCUCACUGCCAUCUGUAAGGGCUCACCCGGCCCGAAUAGGGUGUAAGGCAGGAUCUAGGUACUUUCUGAGCCCAAAUCCUAACCCGAAUCUACUAGUUGGAGCAGUGGUGGGUGGCCCCAACAGCUCUGAUGCAUUCCCCGACUCCAGGCCUUUCUUCCAAGAAUCGGAGCCCACUACUUAUAUCAAUGCGCCAUUAGUGGGCCUACUAGCUUACUUUUCAGCCCAUCAUAACUGAUACUACUGGUCUAUAAUAAUUGAUGUAAAAGAGAAUGUUAUGUAGUGGUGGGCAAAGGUCACCCUACAUACAAUCAUAUGCAUGUUCUAAGAUAUGUAGUUGCAUUCAAUGAAUGAAAUGAAGUCAAAAUAUAUGUAAUCCAAGCAAGAAUUUAUAUUAUUAUAUAUAUAUAUUUUCUACCCUGAAUUAUAUUCAA